AUGUCCGAGAGGCCGACUGCCGGGACCCGUGGUGAAGGAAGCCACCACCUCAUCUUCUUCCAGCUGUCAUUUCUGCUUCUACCUUCUGCUCGACUGCCGACCAUAGCAUACCAAAACUCAGUACCCAUCAUUGAGUCUAGUGUUUCCUAUAAGACACAAAGAGGCUAUUUGCAAUUUUUCAAAGAUAAACUGAGUUCUCUUAAAAGAAAAGAAAACCAAAGUAAAAUAGAAAGCAUACCCGCUAGAUUUGUUAUAGCAUUCGAAAGCGCAAGCGCAGUCGAAACACCACGAGCCCCGCCCAUGACAUCAUCGCCCAACAACAGCUUCGCGAACUUCUCCUUCAUUGUGUCGAUAUCCAAAAACCGAGCCGAAAUGUGGUGCUUUUGUUUUUGGUUGAGGUUGAGGCACUUGGCUAUGGGGGCCCACUCGUCUUUCUCGAGAGAGGAAAAGGAGCCAAAAUGGUUAGUGGUGGUGGAGGAGGAGGCUGAGUCAUCCUCGUCAAACGAGUCACUCAUGCACACGCUCGUUCGGCUCUCAUUGUCAUAUGACCCGCUGUUGAGAAUGCACGUCUCAAGCCCGUUACACUAUGCCAUUGACUUGGCAAGUCAUGGGAAUCUAAUCUUAAGUCCAAAACAAGUGAUGUGUUUAAGCUUUGACAUGGCCUUAAACUAG